CUUGCACUCUCUCUCACUCUUUCCCUAAGGAAAGCCUGAUACUUAAGAGGGUUGAUUUAUCCUGAGGAAUUCAGUGCAUAAAGCUUUAACCACAGUCAUAGGAUCACUCAUGAUGUACAGCUUCAUGGGAGGGGGCCUUUUUUGUGCCAUUGUGGGGAACAUCCUGUUGGUGGUCUCCACAGCCACAGACUACUGGAUGCAGUACCGUCUGUCUGGCAGCUUCGCCCAUCAGGGCUUGUGGAGAUACUGCAUGUCUGGAAAGUGCUACAUGCAAACUGACAGCAUUGCAUACUGGAAUGCCACUCGUGCUUUUAUGAUCCUGUCGGCCAUGUCAUGCUUUGCUGGCAUCAUCGCAGGAAUCCUCUCCUUUGCCCACUUUUCUGCCUUUGAGCGGUUCAACCGAUCAUUUGCCGCUGGAAUCAUGUUCUUUGUUUCAACUCUCUUUGUUCUGCUUGCAAUGGCCAUUUACACUGGGGUGACUGUGAACUUCCUGGGCAAGCGCUUUGGUGACUGGCGCUUCUCUUGGUCCUACAUACUAGGCUGGGUGGCCCUUCUAAUGACCUUCUUUGCAGGUAUAUUCUACAUGUGUGCCUACAGAAUGCAUGAGUGCAGAAGAGUGGCUGGCCCACGUUAAUGUAAAGAGGAAAAAGUGUGUCAGGGCUGCUGAAGACAUUAGUUUACAUUUAAAG